UGUCUAAUGGGGAUACCAUUGGAGCUCUACAGGAUUGUAAUAUCGGCGGCGAAACAAGAAUAUGUGUUCCUCAAAGCCUUUGUAAACGCGAUAGAUAUUUUGUUCUUACAUACGACGAAAAGUGCAGAAAUGAUCCCAACGGACCUAUUGUCGUUUGCUGUUUAAUGUCGAAUUUAUUAGUAGGCGUCGUGGAGAACGGAUCUGCACGUAACACAACGGAAAAGACUUUGCCCGAACGCAUGUGCGAUGUGUAUCAUAUAUAUCGUCAUAACGAGACGAUACGGAAUAUGACUAGCGGAGAAGGCUCAACAGGAAGAUUUCCUUUUUUGUACGCUUUAGGAUGGAUGGUAAACGAUGAGAUUCAAUAUGGUAAUGUUGCUGCACUUAUCUCAGCCAGAUAUCUUAUUGUCAUUCAAUUAAUGGAGACAUCGAAGAGGGUCAGAUGCCCUUCUGUUGCGCGAGCUGUCGGUGUAAUCCGCUACGAUCAGCGCUUACACAAUGUUGAUGUUAUUGAUUGCGUUAUACAUCCUCUUUAUCAAUUCAGUAUCUAUACUCAUUAUAUACUGUUAGUUAAGCUGGCCAAGCAUAUGGAGCCGACAUAUAAUGGGGCGAUGUGCCUUUGGACCUCUAACGAUAUAGACGAUCACACUGAUCUAAAUUUUUUAUAUAAUAAAAAAAACUCUUAUGAGUUGGAGACGCUGACUCUCAAGGAUUCCCCGACAAGUGAUUGUAUGCCACACUACGAGGAUAUUAUGCGUUUUCGUUCUCUUAGAUGCGCCACAGCUUCAGAGUAUCCAAAAGACUCUUGCCCAUUUGACACUAGUUCGCCCUUAUUUACCAUAGUCAACAAUGUACCAUUUAUUGUAGGGUUCUCCGAAUUCUGUACGUCUGGAAAACCUUUUGUUUAUUCUUUGAUCUCAGAUCACAUUUCCUGGAUCGAAAAAAUCAUUUGGCCCGAUUAUUAUUAA